AUGCCGUUUCAUAGGUCUUUGCUUGAGCUCAUGAGAAGUCGAUACAAUCUAAUAUGUGUUUUUGCUGAUCACAGGGCGUGUGAUCUGUGUAAUCGUUUAGUGGUCUUCUCUUGGCUUGGAUGUGCAAUGCAAAGUUCUUGUAGAAUUCUUCUGGUUAGGAGAAGAGCUUGUGAAAACAUUUCUAUUGGAAGCAACAGCUUCUACAAAGUCUCUCUAUCUCUGGUUUUUCUCCUUUGGGUACUUCUCUUCCAAGCCACCUUGUUGAUUAGCCAUGGAGAUGGUAGCAAAGAUGUGGCUUUGAAUGACUCUAAAGGAAUAGCUGAUCCGGAUGAUGGUGGGAAAGAUGAGACAGCUGUGGUCUUUGAUGCACCGUCAUUACUAGAGACUGAUUUGAGCCGGAAUGAUGAAAUUAUAACCCCGUCUGAAGAAGGUGAAGAGAAAGAAAAGUCUGUGAAGCAAGCAGAGAUCAAUAGCACAGUUUCAGGAAAUGAUACAGAAGGCAAAGAGAAUUACAUUUUGAAGCAAAGUGAGGUAAACAAGACAUACAUAGGGAAUGAUGCAGAAAGCAAAGAAAAUGACAUUUCGAAGCAAAGCGAGAUGAACAAGACAGUUACAUGGAGUGAUGGAGAAAGCAAAGACAAUGACUUUAUGAAGCAGAGUCUAGUAAACAAGACAGGCACAGGGAAUGAUACAGAAAGCAAAGAGGAUGACUUUUUGAAGCAAUAUCAGACGAACAAAACAGAGCCAGGGAAUGGUACGGAGACCAACGCUACAAAAGUCGAUCAACAAACUCGUGCUGUUCCGCUUGGCCUUGAUGAGUUCAAGAGCAGAGCUUCCAAUACUAAAAACAAAUCGUUAUCAGCUCAGGUCAGCGGUGUGACUCACAGGAUGGAGCCUGGAGGGAAAGAGUACAACUACGCCUCUGCUUCCAAAGGCGCAAAGGUCCUGUCUUCUAACAAGGAAGCAAAAGGAGCUUCAAGCAUUCUUAGCCGGGACAAUGACAAGUACCUCAGGAAUCCAUGUUCUACGGAAGGUAAAUUUGUUGUCAUUGAACUCUCAGAAGAAACGUUGGUGAAUACCAUCAAGAUAGCGAACUUCGAGCAUUACUCUUCCAAUCUGAAAGAGUUUGAGCUUCAAGGCACACUGGUUUAUCCGACUGACACAUGGGUUCACAUGGGAAACAUCACGGCUGCUAACGUGAAGCACGAGCAGAACUUCACACUCGUGGAGCCAAAGUGGGUGCGAUACUUAAAGCUGAACUUUCUAAGCCAUUAUGGUUCAGAAUUCUACUGCACGUUGAGUUUAGUAGAAGUCUACGGAGUGGAUGCCGUGGAACGAAUGCUGGAGGAUUUGAUAUCUGUGGAAGACAACAAGAAGAUGUUCAACACGCGAGAGGGAGAUUCUGAGCAGAAGGAGAAGACAGUAAAGCAGCAAACGGAAUCCUCUGAAGGUGAUGAGGACGGUGCUAAGAAGAGCACACAGAGAGAGAAGGAGCGGGACGCUUCACCAGAGAACGUGGUAGCGAGAGCUGAAGCAUCGAUGGCGAAGAACAGUAAUAAGCUUUCAGAGCCAGUGGAAGAGGUAAGGCGUCAUCAGCCAGGAAGCAGAAUGCCAGGGGACACAGUGCUGAAGAUACUGAUGCAGAAGCUAAGGUCAUUGGACUUGAACCUAUCGGUUCUAGAGAGAUACUUAGAGGAACUGAACACGAGGUACGGGAACAUAUUCAAGGAGAUGGACCGCGAAACGGGCGUGAGGGAAAAGGCGAUUGUGAGUUUGAGACUUGACGUGGAGGGAAUGAAGGAGAGGCAGGAGAGGAUGGUUAGGGAAGCAGAGGAGAUGAAAGAGUGGAGGAAGAGAGUGGAGACAGAGAUGGUGAGAGCUGAGAAAGAGAAGGAAGAAAUGAGUGAGAGGCUUGAGGAAGUUUGGCAAAGACUUGAGUGGAUGGAGAAGAAAGGCUUGAUGGUGUUCACCGUGUGUUUAGGGUUUGGGAUUAUCGCGGUUAUCGCGGUUUUGGUCGGUAUGGGGACAGGUCGAGCAGAGAAAACCGGUGGUGGGGCUUGGCUUUUGUUAUUGAUUAGCUCAACAUUCGUUAUUUGGAGUCACGGAGGCCAAACGCAACCUACGUCAAGGACGGCGUUUGGAGACCUCUCUCCCUCCUCCUAUCUAUCUGCCGCCUUCUUAUUCGCGCAGAGGAAGAGGUCCAUAAGCCAGAGUACGGAGAAGAAACCUAAAUAUGGUCAAGUUUACAGUUGUAAUCAUCUCACAUGGAGAAGAAACUAA